AUACAAAAUUAUUCCAUGUAGGAUUGUGUGUUUGGAUCAAACAUGUAUGCUGUUUGGUGUUCUUCCUUAUGUCUCAGUCACAAUUUUAGAUACUAAUUAAAAAAUCGGAUUUUGAUGGGCCUUUUUUACUUGUUUGUAUUGUUUUUUCCAUCUGGGUUUUCUUUGUGUUAAGUUUUAAUCAUUUCACUGAUCUCGUAGUGCAAAUUAUGCGAUUUAUGAUUGCGUUUUGGAUCAAAGAUGUACCCCAGCAACUUUGCUCUUUUACGCACAUUUGGAUCGAAAGAUGUACGCAGCCAACCACUGGGGAGGCUCAUUUGAGAUUCAAGUGGAGGCGGAGGACGAGAACAGCCCGGACUUGGACUUGGACCGUGCAGCGCUGCCGCGCCAGCAGCUGGAUGAUGCCCAGCAGGGUUGGCUUCUCGAGCCUUGCGGCGAAUCCAAGAAGACGAACAACUACAUCGAUUUGGGUUGCAUUGUUUGCAAAAGGAAGUUGUUCAACUGGGUGUUGCUUUCUUCUUUAAUCGCAUGUGUUGUUACGGCAAUUCCGAUUUUCGUAGUGAAGAUGAUACCGAAGCACAAAGAGCUUGUUUUGCUCCCCGAUGAGUACACCGAAGCCCUGCAUAAGGCGCUCAAGUUCUUCAAUGCGCAAAAGUCUGGUCAUUUACCCAGAUCCAACGGUAUUCCAUGGCGCGGAGAUUGCGGUGUGAACAAUAUUCAGCAGUUACCAGAUGUUAAGGCUGGCCUAGUUGGAGGAUAUUAUGAUAGCGGCAAAAACAUCAAGUUUCAUUUUCCGAUGGCGUUUUCGAUGACACUUUUAAGCUGGUCGGUGAUAGAGUAUGGUCAUAAAUAUGACGCAAUCGGAGAACACGACCACAUUAGAGAUAUCAUUAAGUGGGGCACCGAUUACUUGCUCCGGACCUUCAAUUCUUCGGCCUCGACAAUCGACAAAAUAUAUAUCCAGGUAGGAGUAGCAAAAAAAGAUUCCACCACCCCAGAUGAUGGAUACUGCUGGCAAAGGCCAGAAAACAUCAAUUACCCUCAGCCAAUACUGUCUGCCCCCUCGGCUCCUGACUUAAGUAGUGAGGUAGCAUCAGCUUUAGCUUCUGCUUCUAUAGUAUUUCGCGACGACACCUCCUAUUCGAAGAAGCUCGUCGAAGCAGCGGAGACGGCUUAUCAAUUCGCUACAAAGUCCAAAGAGCAGACGCCUUAUUCUUUCCGGAACGAGUUGAUCGAGCCGUUCUACAACUCCACGGGUUAUUGGGAUGAGUUCAUUUGGGGCGCCGCUUGGUUAUUCUACGCGACUGGAAACUAUAGCUAUCUCUCACUUGCGACAGAGAAUAAGCUUCUGGAGAAAGCUGAGGGAUUUUCAAACUUAUCAUCGGAUUCGAGUGUGUUUAGUUGGGACAAUAAGCUUCCUGGUGCUGAGCUACUUUUAGCGAGGCUUAGGAUCUUCUUGAAUCCAGGGUACCCCUAUGAGGAAAUGCUUAGAAUUUACCACAAUGCGACCAAUCGGAACAUGUGCUCGUACCUUCGGCAAUUUAAUGUGUUCAAUUGGACUAGAGGGGGACUGAUUCAACUGAACCAUGGCGGCCCCCGUCCUUUGCAAUAUGCGGCAAAAGCGGCCUUUUUAGCAUCCCUAUAUGCAGAUUACAUGAAUGCAAGUAACAUACCCGGAUGGUACUGCGGCCCUGAGUACUUCGACUCCGACACCCUCCGCAAAUUCGCAGUAUCUCAGGUGAACUACAUCUUAGGAUCCAAUCCCAUGAACAUGAGUUACGUUGUCGGUCACGGACACAACUACCCGAGGCACGUCCACCACCGUGGCGCGUCGAUCCCGAACGACGGCAAUUCGUAUUCGUGUACCGGCGGGUGGAAGUGGCGCGACAGAAAAUCAAUGAACCCCAACACUAUCACGGGGGCGAUGGUGGCGGGGCCCGACCGCUCUGACCAGUUCUUUGACAUCAGAAACAGCGAGAACUACACCGAGCCGACUUUGGCGGGAAAUGCAGGGCUUGUUGCGGCACUGAUUUCGCUGACAAGUAGCGGCGGCAGCAGCGGCAGCGACGGCGGAAUCGAUAGAAACACCAUUUUCUCCUCUAUGAGACCAUUCUAUUCAAAUAGUCCCCCACCACCAUUCAUAUGGAAACCAUAAAAUUCCACAUAAAUAAGGAAUCAAAAUGUUUUUGUUUUUGUUUUUGUUUUGUUUUCUGAAGAAUCAGACAAAGAUGUAGAUUGUUCAUAACCCAAUUUGAUAUCUCUACCUGUUUACUUUAAAUAAUGAAGAGAUUAUUAUUAUUA